AUGAAAUUGGAGGAUGACACAUUCUUCAAGUACGCAUUCACGGCCAUAGGAUGCUCGAUUAGGGGUUUUGGAAGUUGCAUACGACCUAUACUUGUGGUUGACGGAGCACAUUUGAAGGGGAAGUACAGGGGCGUACUACUUACUGCAUCCUCAAUAGAUGGCAACAACCAAAUUUAUCCUCUUGCAUUCAGUGUUGUCGAUAAGGAGUCUGAUGAUUCAUGGACUUGGUUUAUCGAGCGGGUUAAGAUUUGUAUAGGUGACAUAAAUGGUUUGGUUUUUGUAUCUGACCGGCAUCAAAGCAUCACGAACUCCGUGGCAACAGUGUUUCCUGAUGCAGCGUACGUCACAUGUAUGCAUCAUUUAGCGAUGAAAUUGAAUGAGAAGUUUAGAAACGAGGGAAUGCAAAUAACUUUCUCUAAAGCAGCAAAGACGUUCAAGGUAUCAAAGUUUCGAUACUAUUGGGGCCAACUAGCCGGAUUCCCAAAAGUCCAGAAAUAUUUGGAAGACAUCGGAUUCGACAAGUGGGCUCGUGCAUAUCAACCUGGAAUAAGGUAUAACCAAAUGACCUCGAAUCUCGCUGAGUCCAUGAAUGUGGUACUUGUUCAUGCUCGUGCUUUACCAAUAACAGCUCUAUUUGAAAAUUGUCGAGCUCUACUACAACAAUGGUUUUAUGAGAGGCGGACGGCUGCCUCUAGUCGAGGAAUAAUUCUUACUGAAUAUGUAGAGAAUAUUCUUAAAAAAGAUGAAGAACGAGCUUGA